AUGGGGGCGGCCCCGCUGCCGCUGCCGGUGCCGCUGCCGGUGCCGCUGCCCGGGCGCUGUCCCCGGUGCUGCCGCGCUCUCCGCGGUGCUGGAGCCGGCGGCGGCGGCGGCCCGGGCGGGGCGGCCCCGGGCGGGAGGCGGUGCCGGGCGCUGCGCCGGGGCCGCCCCGCGCUCCCCGCUCCGACACCGUCACCGCCGCCGUCAGCGGUCCCGGGGCCGCCCCCGCCUCCGCCCCGCCUCGCCCCGGGGGAUGCCGGAGGAGCAGGGAGCAGCACGGAGUGGACCGGGCACCACAAACCUCCGCUCCGCCGGGUCCAGCCCCCGCUGCCUGCGGUCGCUGUGCAGGAUCCCAGCGGAACGGGAGCGGAGGCGAGGAGCUGCGGGCAGGUCCCGGGCCCCGGAGCCCCUUCGGCCUCCUGCACGCACGGGGAAGCGGCUCUCAGUAUAGGCCCGCCCCCGCCCGCGAGAGCACUUCCUAUAGCGGAGCCCCGCCCCUUCCGCUGCCGGCGGGAGGGGUCACUUCCGGAGAGCGGGGCCGUCCCGCCGCCAUCUUGGGCCGGCUCCGGGGGCUGCGGCGGCGGCGGCGGCGGAGCGGGGUCCCUCCAUGGGAAGAUGCAGCGGGCGGGGCCGGAGGAGGCGGCGGGGUCGCAGGCGGCGGCGGGGGGACCCGGGCGGAGCGGAGCCGAGGUGGCGGCGGCCCCCGCCGGGCGGCUCCUGAGGCGGGAGCUACGGCUGCUCGAGUCCAUCUUCCACCGGGGCCACGAGCGGUUCCGCAUCGGCAGCGCCUGCCCCGACGAGAUCAGCUGCGAGUUCGUCCCGGGGGCCGGGGCCCGCGCCGGUGCUUCCGGUUCCCGGGGGCCGCCACCGGGGCCCGUCCGCAUCCACUGCAACAUCACGGUGAGGCCCGAGGAAGGGAGGACGUCGGCCCGCCGGGACGGGGACUGCGGCUCGGUGGAACGCGGUGCCGUUGCGGCAGAUGGGUACCGGCCCGGCCCGGCCCGUGCGGCUUGCGGGGAGCUGAGGGCGGUUGCGAGGCACGGGGGAGGCCGCGGGGUGAGCUGCGUCCUGCCCUCACCUUCCCGGAGCCACUGUGAGUGGGCUGCGAGCCACACUCGGCUCCGCGGCUCCCCGAACCGGGAGGCGUUUCCCAGCAGAACGAACCCCGGAGCCCUCCCCGCUGGCUGCGGGCAGCGCUGGGGGAGCAACCCCCUUGGUUGUGUUUUCCCGUUCGUGCUGAUCCCUUCCUGCCGCGGACGAGGCCCUGUGCCCCGCGGGUUGGGAUGGUCCCCGGUGCCCGGUGGUACCCGGUGGUGCCCGGUGAAGGAGGAACCCACGGCUCGGCCCCCUCCUGCCCUGCGCUCUGGGGGACGCUGGUUCUGGGUCCGGGGCCGCUGGGGGGCGAGCGUGGAGGGGAGCGCGCCGGGGCGGAGCCUUAGCGGAGAGGCGGGGCCUCGGCGGAGGGGCGGGGCCUCGGCGGAGGAGAGGCGCCUCGGCGGAGGAGAGGAGCCUCGGCGGAGGAGCGGGACCUCGGCGGAGGGGCGGGGCCUCGGCGGAGGGGCGGGGCCUCGGCGGAGGAGAGGAGCCUCGGCGGAGGAGCGGGGCCUCGGCGGAGGAGCGGGGCCUCGGCGGAGGAGCGGGGCCUCGGCGGAGGAGAGGGGCCUCGGCGGAGGAGCGGGGCCUCGGCGGAGGAGAGGGGCCUCGGCGGAGGGGCGGGGCCUCGGCGGAGGGGCGGGGCCUCGGCGGAGGAGAGGGGCCUCGGCGGAGGAGCGGGGCCUCGGCGGAGGGGCGGGGCCCCGGCGAAGGGGCGGGGCCGCGGCGGAGAGGCUUAACUGCGGCAAAUCUGAGCCAAUCAGCUGCUCGGUCACGGCUCGGCCCCUGUGA